AAGGCGAUGGAUGCUCUUGGCGCUGGCUAGGUGUCACAUCUCAGAGUUAGUCCGUAUCUCGGCUCGCCUGCAGCGCUUUUGCGUGUAGACUGAGCCUAAUCGCCCGCCCGCAUGACACGCUCUGGGCCGGCGCGUGGAGGCCACACACCCGCACUGACACGCUCGGCUCGGCCAUCAAGACCCGGCAAAAGCGAGAAAAAGCCAACACAAUCCGGGUUUCUGUGAGCGGGCGGUGGCUACACCCCCGGCGCUGCCGGACUUGGCUGGGAGCUCUGAUGCGAAUCAUAUAACCUUCCUGUUUGGGUACACUGCAUCGAGACCUCCUUCCAUUGCAGGAAGUCAGGUCCUCGAAUCAAGAUUCAUGUCCACACGGGGGAUCUCGAUAAAUACGUCCCUUGGACCCCGCCAUAGGUGAACUCGGUCUGCUCCCCUCCAGCCCCCAGUCGAGAGCACGCUCGAUCUCCCUCCCAAGAGCCCCUCCAGCCAGCCCAGACGCAGGCACUCUCGAUACAGCUCAACGCCAUGAGGUCAAGUCAGAUGCUCGCCGCGGCCCUUGUGGCCCUGGCCGAGUCUGCCACUGCCGCUGCCGGGGUUCUCCAGUCCGCUGCCGCUGCCGCCAAGGCGAUGCGCUACGAGUCCGGAGAAGUUCACAUGACUUUGAUGCGCACAAAGGAGUCCUUCUGGGCCGAGGAAGAGGCCAUGGGUCUCAUGAACUCCAGCCAGUACCCCAGCUUCGCUCGCGCUGCGGCUCCGAUCCCCUGCGUCGGUGGCUUGGCUAAGGUCAUCCCUAACGAUGCCAAGAACACGUUCAAGUGCAAUAAUGUGGACUUUUACGACUUCAAGUCCCACGCUGACCUAGGAAGCGGCAGCGGCCAGGGUGCCGCAAGCUGGGGGUGGACCAGCUCCGAGGGCAGGGAGUUUGUUGCCAUCGCACAGGCAGACGGCGCCGCCUUUGCCGAGGUCACUAGCGAGGGCAAGCUGGUGUACUUGGGCCGCCUACCCCAGUACUCCUCCACCUCAAUCUGGCGCGAGAUGAGGUCCUAUAAGAGCUUUCUGGUCAUCGGCAGCGAAGCCACCAAUCACGGUGUCCAAGUAUUCGACUUUCGCAAGCUCCUGACCAUCGAUCCGGCCAGGCCAGUCACGUUCAGCAACUCUCGCGACCUGACGUCAUGGUGGAACGGGCUCCCGUCGGGACGUUCCCAUAACAUCGUCGUCAACGAGGAAAAGGGAUACGCAGUGGCGGUGGGCGCUCAGCCACGUACCAGCACCUGCCGCUCAGGCCUCAUCUUUAUCGACCUCACCGACCCGACCAAGCCGACAUCGCCGGGGUGCGCGGCAGGCGACGGCUAUGUCCAUGAUGCGCAAUGCUUGGUGUAUCGCGGCCCUGAUACCAAGUACUUCGGCAGAGAUAUCUGCUAUGGCUACAAUGAGGACACCUUGACGAUCUACGACGUUACCGACAAGUCUACCACCAACAUCAUCUCCCGUACCACCUACGCCGGUGCGGCGUACACCCACCAAGGCUGGGUCACGAACACCACUUGGCAGGAGUAUCUCGUCUUGGAUGACGAGUACGACGAGUACGAUCGAGUUGGGCCCGGGGCGGACCGACGCGCGAUCACGUACUUCUGGGACAUCCGAUCGCUGGAGCAGCCUAAGCAGACGGGCUUUUUCCGCAGCGCAAUUCGCGGCAUUGACCAUAACCAGUUUGUCGUCGGCCAGUACGCGUUCCAGAGCAACUACGCCAACGGACUCCGGGUUCUGGAUCUGGCGUCUCUUCCGAGCGACCCGACGGGUGCCGGCGUGCGCGAGGCGGCAUACUUUGACGUUUACCCAGAGGACGACAACGUGGCUGGGGGCGGCACGGUCGAGUUUGUGGGCACUUGGAGCAACUACCCGUUCUUCAAGAGCGGCUUCAUCGUUAUCAACACCAUCGAGAGGGGCGCCUUUGUGGUUAAGAUGACCAAUAGGAAGUAGUGGGGUGGGCGACCGUGGGGGAACCAGCUGUCGGAGGCUUUCUCUUGUAUAUAAAUCGUAGCCGAGACUGGAAGACCUGUGUUGCGAGGAUUUACAUGCGUCAUGACCCCCAUGACCCGAACUUAAGGGCGAAGGGCUUGUCCGGUCAUGUGGAUAUUGAUGUUUCCCCCUGUCAUCGUGUCCUCGAACUUCCCACAUGUCCUCGUGUACCAUCCGGCGCUUAAUAUGGACACGAAACCGCGCCGCACUACAACGUCGACGCCCAUGGAGAGGUUAGUUAUGCUUAGG